AUGGCUCCUACAGCCGUGCCCACGUCGGUGGAGGAGCUUCCCUCCAAAGAAGAGGUCAAGGAGCAAGUCAAGGAGACAGCAAAGGGCGCCGUGUCCGGGCUGAGAUCACUAGCAGCGGGCGGUGUGGGCGGUGUUUGCGCCGUGAUUGUCGGACAUCCCUUCGACCUGGUCAAGGUGCGGUUACAGACGGCCGACAAGGGGGUGUAUACGGGUGCGAUUGACGUGGUGAAGAAGACGAUUGCACGGGAAGGACUGGCUCGGGGUCUGUAUGCGGGUGUGUCGGCGCCGCUGGUGGGCGUGACUCCCAUGUUUGCCGUCAGCUUCUGGGGAUACGACAUGGGCAAGCGACUGGUCGACACGUUUACGACGGUCCCCGUGGUCAACAACACGCCGCAGUAUAGCAUCGGACAGAUAUCCGCGGCGGGGUUCUUCUCCGCUAUUCCCAUGACCCUCAUCACUGCCCCCUUUGAACGCGUCAAGGUCCUCCUUCAGAUCCAGGGUCAGAAACAGCUGGCCCCCGGCGAGAAACCGAAAUACAGCGGUGGCAUCGAUGUCGUGCGCCAAUUAUACAAGGAGGGCGGGAUCCGGUCCGUCUUUCGCGGAAGCGCAAUGACUCUGGCUCGCGACGGGCCUGGCUCCGCCGCUUACUUUGCCGUCUACGAGUAUGUCAAGCGCAGUCUGAGUCCCAAGGACAAAGAUGGAAAUGCCACAGGCGAGCUCAGUCUUCCUGCUGUCAUGACGGCUGGUGGUGCGGCUGGUGUCGCCAUGUGGAUUCCCGUCUUCCCCGUCGAUACUAUCAAGUCCAGACUCCAGUCGGCUGAAGGCCGGCCCACCAUCAGUGGCACUAUCAGUAGUGUCUACCGGAGUGGAGGUAUCAAAGCCUUCUUUCCGGGUUUCGGCCCUGCACUGGCCAGAGCUGUCCCGGCCAAUGCGGCCACGUUUGUUGGAGUGGAAUUGGCCCACAAGGCUAUGAACAAGAUGUUUGGGUGA